CUUUGCUGUGGCAGCUGCGGGAGCAGCGGCAGCCUCGGAAGCCGGAGAAGAGGCAGCGCAGGAGCGCCGCGCUGACCGCGCCCCGAGGCCCAGCCCUGGGGGUGGAGGAUCGCGCCGAAGAGCUGGAAACUUUCCCGGCAGGAGCUGACCUGUUGUGGCGAAGGAGCAAAUUGUGAACGACGAAGUCCCUCCCCCCUUUUUUCCUGGUGAACAGAAGUUACCAAAAAUAGAAGUGAAGAAGUAUUGAAGAUGUUGAAGGCUGUGCUGAAGAAGAGCCGAGAGGGAGGAAAGGGAAGCAAGAAGGAGACAGGAAGUGACUUGGGUCCAGACACUUCCCCCCCAUCCCUGCCUCCUGGCGCUGGCGGCGACUUUUCUGUGAGCAGUCUUCCCGUAGCAGACGACACCUACAGGGUGAGCUUGGCCAAAGGCGUCUCCAUGUCUCUGCCUUCAUCACCUCUGCUGCCUCGACAGACGCACCCGGUGCAGUCAAGAUCAAACAAAAAAUCCCCAGGUCCCGUCAGGAAGCCCAAGUAUGUGGAAAGCCCCAGAGUGCCUGGAGAUGCAGUUAUAAUCCCGCUCAGAGAAGUGUCCAAGCCAGCUGAGACCAAUGAAAAUGAAGCAAAGGCCGAUAAUGAACCGAGCUGUUCGCCGGCAGCUCAAGAACUCCUGACAAGGCUGGGAUUUCUACUGGGAGAAGGGAUCCCAAGUGCCACACACAUAACCAUUGAAGAAAAAAACGAAACCAUGUGCACAGCUCUGAGCCAAGGCAUCAGCCCUUGCUCCACCCUGACAAGCAGCACUGCGUCUCCCAGCACCGAUAGCCCCUGCUCAACCUUGAAUAGCUGUGUCAGCAAGACGGCAGCCAACAAAAGUCCCUGUGAGACUGUUAGCAGCCCUAGCUCCACCCUGGAAAGCAAGGACAGUGGAAUCAUAGCCACAAUUACAAGUUCAUCCGAAAACGAUGACCGGAGUGGCUCCAGUUUGGAAUGGAGUAAGGAUGGAAGCCUAAGGUUAGGGGUGCAGAAGGGAGUGCUCCAUGACCGCAGGGCAGAUAACUGCUCCCCCGUGGCAGAAGAGGAGCCCCCUGGGUCGGCGGAGAGCGCGCUGCCCAAAGCUGAAGCCUCAGCUGGAGAUGGUCCAGUCCCUUAUUCUCAGAGCUCCAGCUCGUUAAUAAUGCCACGGCCCAACUCAGUUGCAGCGACUAGCUCAACCAAAUUGGAAGAUUUGAGUUACUUGGAUGGGCAGAGAAAUGCUCCUCUUCGAACGUCAAUUCGAUUGCCAUGGCACAAUACGGCCGGAGGCAGGGCGCAGGAAGUCAAAGCACGAUUUGCUCCCUACAAGCCACAGGACAUCUUGCUGAAGCCCCUGUUGUUUGAGGUGCCGAGCAUCACAACAGACUCUGUGUUUGUGGGACGGGAUUGGCUCUUCCACCAGAUCGAAGAGAACCUGAGGAACGCAGAACUGGCGGAAAACAGAGGAGCGGUGGUUGUGGGAAACGUGGGCUUCGGGAAGACGGCCAUCAUUUCUAAGCUGGUGGCGCUGAGCUGCCAUGGCAGCCGCAUGAGGCAGAUCGCCUCCAACAGCCCCGGCCCGUCACCCAAAACUUCAGAUUCCUCCCCGGAUCCUCCGUUUACUCCACUGCUUUCACCAAGUACUUCUGCAGGUGGUACCAAUGUGGCUAAAAUGCCCACCAGGUCGGGGUCUGAUGCUCCUGAAAACCAAAGACCGAGGGAGGAUGCAGUGAAAUACCUCGCUUCCAAGGUUGUGGCCUACCACUACUGCCAGGCUGACAACACCUACACGUGCCUGGUGCCCGAGUUCGUGCACAGCAUCGCGGCACUGCUCUGUCGGUCCCACCAGCUGGCUGCCUACAGGGACCUGCUGAUACAGGAGCCCCAGCUGCAGAGCAUGCUGAGCCUCAGAUCAUGCGUGCAGGACCCCGUGGCUGCCUUCAAGAGGGGAGUGCUGGAACCACUCACAAACCUGAGAAACGAGCAGAAAAUUCCUGAGGAAGAAUACAUUAUUUUGAUAGAUGGUUUGAAUGAAGCUGAGUUUCAUAAACCUGAUUAUGGAGAUACACUUUCUUCAUUUAUCACCAAGAUUAUCUCUAAAUUUCCUGCCUGGUUGAAGUUGAUUGUGACUGUGAGAGCAAAUUUUCAGGAAAUUGUAAGUGCCCUGCCGUUUGUUAAGCUUUCCUUGGACGACUUUCCCGACAACAAGGACAUUCACAGUGACCUGCACGCCUACGUCCAGCACAGAGUCCACAGCAGCCAAGACAUCCUCAGCAAUAUCUCCCUGAACGGCAAGGCCGACGCCGCCCUCAUCGGGAAAGUGAGCAGCCACCUGGUGCUGCGGAGCCUCGGCUCCUACCUGUACCUCAAACUCACCUUGGACCUCUUCCAGAGGGGACACUUGGUCAUCAAGAGUGCCAGCUACAAGGUGGUGCCCGUGUCUCUGUCCGAGCUCUACCUGCUGCAGUGCAACAUGAAGUUCAUGACCCAGUCUGCCUUCGAGAGGGCGCUUCCGAUUUUGAACGUGGCCCUCGCGUCCCUCCACCCCAUGACGGACGAGCAGAUCUUCCAGGCCAUUAAUGCUGGCCACAUUCAAGGGGAGCAGGGGUGGGAAGACUUUCAGCAGAGGAUGGAAGCCCUGUCCUGCUUCCUCAUUAAGAGACGGGACAAAACCCGCAUGUUCUGCCACCCGUCCUUCAGGGAGUGGCUGGUUUGGAGAGCGGACGGCGAAAACACGGCCUUCCUGUGUGAGCCCAGGAAUGGGCACGCUCUCCUGGCCUUCAUGUUCUCACGACAAGAGGGCAAGCUGAACCGCCAGCAGACCAUGGAGCUGGGUCACCACAUCCUGAAGGCACACAUUUUCAAGGGCCUCAGCAAGAAGACGGGAAUUUCUUCGAGCCAUCUGCAAGCCCUGUGGAUCGGGUACAGCACCGAGGGACUGUCUGCCGCCCUCGCCUCUCUCAGGAAUCUCUAUACUCCCAAUGUCAAGGUGAGCCGCCUCCUGAUUUUGGGAGGGGCCAAUGUGAACUACAGGACAGAAGUGUUAAAUAACGCCCCGAUCCUAUGCGUCCAGUCUCACCUUGGCCAUGAGGAGGUGGUCACUCUGCUCCUGGAAUUUGGUGCCUGCUUGGACGGAAUGUCGGAGAACGGCAUGACCGCCCUCUGCUACGCGGCAGCUGCUGGCCACAUGAAGCUGGUGUGCCUGCUGGUCAAGAAGGGGGCAAGGCUGGACCAUUUGGAUAAGAAAGGCCAGUGUGCGCUGGUCCACAGUGCACUGAGGGGCCACGGGGACAUUCUCCAGUACCUGCUGAGCUGCGAGUGGUCGACCGGCCCUUCGCAGCCAGGCGCACUGAAAAAGAGCCAAGCCCUGCAGCAGGCACUGACGGCGGCCGCCAGCAUGGGCCACGGCCCGGUGGUCCAGUGCUUGCUGGGGCUGGAAAAGGAACAUGAAGUAGACGUCAACGGCGCGGACACGCUGUGGGGAGAAACAGCCCUGACUGCCGCUGCGGGACGAGGGAAGCUGGAGGUGUGCGAGCUGCUGCUGGAGUGCGGGGCCACCGUGUCCCGGACCAACAGGAGAGGGGUCCCACCUCUGUUCUGCGCGGCGCGCCAAGGGCACUGGCAGAUUGUGCGGUUGCUGUUGGAACGCGGCUGUGAUGUGAACCUCAGUGACAAGCAGGGCCGGACGCCCCUCAUGGUGGCUGCGUGCGAAGGGCACUUGAGCACCGUGGAGUUUCUCCUUUCAAAAGGUGCCAUCAUUUCUUCUCUGGACAAAGAGGGUUUGUCUGCAUUGAGCUGGGCUUGUCUGAAAGGUCACAGGGCAGUGGUCCACUUUCUGGUUGAGGAAGGAGCCGAGAUAGACCAGAUGGAUAAGAACGGCCGUACCCCCCUGGACCUGGCAGCCUUCUACGGGGACGCAGAGAUGGUGCUGUACCUGGUUGAGAAGGGCGCCGUGAUUGAGCACGUGGACCACAGCGGGAUGCGUCCCCUGGACAGAGCCAUCGGUUGUCGGAACACGUCUGUAGUGAUUGCGCUGCUGAGGAAAGGAGCCAAGUUAGGAAAUGCUGCCUGGGCGAUGGCUACUUCCAAACCUGAUAUUUUGAUUAUACUUUUACAGAAACUGAUGGAGGAAGGAAACAUGAUGUACAAAAAAGGGAAGAUGAAAGAGGCAGCCCAGCGGUACCAGUACGCCUUAAGGAAGUUUCCCCGAGAAGGAUUCGGAGAGGACAUGAGACCGUUCAAUGAACUGAGAGUGUCCCUCUAUCUCAAUCUGUCUCGCUGCCGGAGAAAAACAAAUGACUUUGGCAUGGCAGAAGAAUUUGCGUCCAAGGCUCUUGAACUGAAACCAAAGUCCUACGAAGCCUUUUAUGCCAGGGCAAGAGCGAAGAGAAGCAGCAGGCAGUUUGCGGCAGCUCUGGCUGACUUGCGAGAAGCUGUGAAGCUCUCCCCCACCAACCAGGAAAUCAAGAGGCUGCUGGCCCGCGUGGAAGAGGAAUGCAAGCAACUGCAGAGGAGCCAACAGCAAAAACAGCAGUGCCCACCUGCGGCCCCACCCAAUGACUCAGAUAACGAAGCAGAAGCCCCGACUGCUGGACUAAAUGACCACUUUCCUCUUGAGGAGGCUGAAGAAGAAGAAACUUCUCCGCAGGAAGAAUCCAUUUCCCUGUCUCCCAGGUCCCAGCCAUCCUCAUCUGUCCCUUCCCCAUAUAUCCGGAACCUUCAGGAAGGGUUGCAGUCCAAAAUAAGGCCAGCCUCACCCCAGAACAGGCCGGCAGGCACCAAGCCCCUGCGGGAGCCUGCAGUGCAGCCAGGGUUGCUGAUGCAGCCCACCAAGCAGGCGCAGAUAGUGAAGACCAGCCAGCACCUCGGCUCCGCACAGGCUGGCGUGAGAAACGGUAGCACAAAAAUCCAGGUGUCUUCCCCAAAUCCUCCCCCGAGUCCCAUGCCAGGGAGAAUGUCAGCAGCUCCUGCUGGCAUCAGGAACCAGCCUUCAGAGGGAGCAGGUGUGUUCACUGGGGGGGGUUCGGGCCGGUUUGGAGACCGGCUGGGCCCCAGCCACGGCAUCCAGCUGCAGCACGGUGAGGGCGGCAAUGUGUACCCUUUACCAAGCAAGAUAAAAACCGCAGAGCGGCUUCUGGCUCACGCCUCCGUGGCCGUGGACGCAGCCCCGCUAAACCAAGGUGGGCCAGUGGGCUGCAGCGACACGCGGCACCCAGCCUGCCUCCCCGGCUCAGGUUCUUCUGGUUCUCAGUCUGGCAGCGUAAAGAUGUCAAGUUCCACCAGCAGUUUGGCUUCGAGCAGUUUUUCUGAUGGCUUCAAGGGCCAGGGGCCAGAUGCCCGAAUGAAAGACAAGGCUGUCCACCAGGCGCAGAGCGGCACAGCUGAACACAGACCGCGCAACACUCCAUUCAUGGGCAUCAUGGACAAGACCGCGCGGUUCCAGCAGCAGAGCAACCCUCCCGGCCGCACCUGGCACUGCCCGGGGCCAGAGGCGCCGCUGACAGGCACGUCCUCUGCAGCCGGCCCGCAGGCCUCGAACUCGGAGAAGCCCGCUCUCAAACAAGCAGCGGGGUAUGGCAGCCAAGGCAAAGCCUGUUCUGUGGCGACCCUGGGUGGAACCGUCCACAAUGGGGCGCAGGUGAAAGAGCUAGAAGGAAGUAAGUGCCAAGUUCCAGCCCGCUGCCCGGAUAACAGGAUAGCCAAGGCUGUUUCUCACCUGUACCAGGACAGCGUCUCUAAGCAGCAACCUCACGUCAGUAACGAGGGCCACCGGAGUCACCUUCCUGCGGCAAAACCAAAGCGCUCCUUCAUAGAGUCCAAUGUGUAGGCGGAGAGAGACCCGCUGGUGGAAUUUGAAAGUGUAUUGGCUCUUGGUGGUAAUUAAAUGUUUUUUAUAAGAAAAAUUACUUUUCAGCCAUAUUCUUUUUCCUUGAAGGUAGGUCAGAUACCAUUGCUUUAUUUAAAAUGUGGGAUAAAAUUUCUUUGAUAAAUAUCAGAAGUCACCAUAAGUAAGAAUGCUAACCAGAAUUGAAAAGUACAAGUAGUUAUGUCUAUUAAGUUAAAAAUUUAAGAUAGCCAAGAAGACAUUAACUAAUGCUUGUCUCUUAUGAAAUUAUUUGGUUUUUAUCACUUUUCUCCUAGCCUUUGCUAUGUGGUAAAAUCAUAAUAUUUCUUAGAGACUAGGAUCAGCUCAUGGCUAAAUAACCAGAUGAGAACAGCCCAGAAAAGAUGGAAUUUCAAGUUGGAGUUCCACCGAGUCAAAUCCCAAUUUGCAGAUAUAGAUAAAAUUAAGACCAAUGUGAUUUCUAGCUGAAUAUGUGACUAUAAAUGUUACACUGCUGACUUUUUAAAGCAAAAUACAAGAAUAUCCAAGUAUUGUUUCCUUCAUAGCAAUUCCUCGAAGAGGAUUAAGCACUUAUUUCCAUGUUACGUUUCUCAUUAAACAUUUUUAUAGCACGUUUUGGGAACUACAUUCCUUCCCUCCCACAAUGCGUCUCAGUAUUUGGAAGCAGCGUAGGCCAUUUGGAACCAUGACCGGCGAUCAAGCUGGCUUUGGGCUCUACUACCGAGAAUACAGUGUUCGUGGGGACAUGUAAAUGAGCUCUCAGCGGGUUCACAAAUUGCUUUUACCAGUGACAGCAGUCCUGGAACAAGCCUUCUGCGGUCCUUUAAGGAUGGAGUUUAAUUUGGAUACUUACGGUCUGGUUCAUGGGUUGUUUUGUUUUAUUACACAAUCACUACUUUAUAGUCACAUGUUGUACAUAUUACAUAGCCAAGUUGUAUUCAGACUUGUAAAUAUAACUAUUUCAAGUACUUAAUCUUUAAAAAAAAUCAUAUUUGCAUGUUCUUUGUAAACUUCAUCCAUACUGGUUAUUGCACUGAAUAUAUUAUGGCAUGUUAACAGUGUACCAGUAACGGCACUUUAUUUCAUUUAUAUGAACACCUUUGAGGUGCUACUUAAGUCCAAACUGAUUAUUCAUUUGUAAAGAUAAGGUACAGGAAUGAACCUUGGCUUAAAGGUAUUUUUCUAUGACAAUGGUGUGCUAUUGAAGGAUGUUAAAAUGCUAGUUUGAGAGAGGAGGGAAUGUAUUUGUUUUAUAUGUUGGGAUGUGAAAUUUAUUUUCUAGAACUGGGGAGAAAGGAGUUCUAUAUUUACAGAAUGUUUUAAAAAUGAAUCGUUGUAAUGAAGUUCCUGUGAGCAUCACUAUAGUUUUGUACGAGUAGAACCUUCUGGUGUUAUUCUUCGACAUUUGUUCUUGAUGUGUUUUGUACAGCUUUGUCAUUUUUUAAUCGGCUUUUCUUGAGUUCUGCUAUAACUACUAUGGCUUAUUUAUUGUGUAUUGUUUUCCUUAAUAUUUGUGAGUCUUAACUCUUUUGUUAUGUAGUUUUGUUUUUGCACAACUACUGUACUUUUCCACAUGGAAUAAAGACUAUUAAUAGAAUGUGUUUUGCAUUAAAUGACACCACGAACAGGUGGAGAAGAUACUGACGACAGCUACCCGCUUUGCUUAAUCCAGGAUGGUCUUGUUACUCUAAAAAAAGGAGUGAAAAGCCUAUUUUUACAGUAAUACCAUCAAAUGCAUAUAUAAUUUAAUUUAGUAAUAAUUUUAAAACAAGGGUGACAGCUUCUAGAAAUGUCAAAAUAUUCAAGGGUCAAAUUUAGUCUUUUUGCCUGAAAUAGGGAAGAAAGCACAAAGAAAAGCAUUCUAUAACUUUAUCUGUUCCAGAAAUUGUGGUGUAUCUUUUUACUGGCAAUAAGGUAUCUUUAGGACUCUUAACUUUCAAACGUUUUGGCAACACAGUGAUCACUGUUAAUAUGAAAGUUUGUUCUCGCACAUUUGUAUUAAUUUUUGGUUAAAAGUGUGCAUUGUCAGCGUGCCCACGUAUUUCCUAUUUUGGUGUCAGAGUCGCGGGAAUGAGGGAGCACUGAGCUGUGCUGCACUGCAAUGAGAUGCCGGCUGGAAUCUAAGCCUUCCUGUCCCCUCUGCUGCUGCAGGUUACUGUCUGGUUGCUGUUCUUACUAGCAAGGCUAUGGGUAGAGUUUUAAGUCCUCUAAAGGUAUACAUUUAAACUAGAGGUUAAAAAUAAACUGGGUGGGAAGGAAAAAGUGUUAUUUAUGGACAUAAUUCUCGUUGUUGGAUGACCUUUACUGUGAAGCUGCUCGUGUAACUACUAGCAGAACUUGUUACCUACAACAUCAUGAUUUUGAUACAGUUGCAGUAAAGGUAUCUGCUUAAAUCUGGCCACAGAGAAGUCAAAUCUCCUUGGGAAGCUACUGGUUGUUCCUGAGGACGGGCAGCGGACAGGUGAGUGCUGCUCCUGCACAGUCCCGAGGGAGGGUGUCCGUGCAUGCGCUUUCUGUGGGUGGUCCUGGGUUUGGAGUGUCGAGGUCUGUCUGUGCUUGUGUGUUUAUGGGGACACUGUUGUUUGGCUUUGGCUUAUUUGUAAGUACUUCACUUUGGUAAAUUAUUGGCAUCUUAGUUUUCAGCCAGUUUGUUCAACAAGAAACUAUACUGGGGAAAUGUAGAAAAGAAAAUCACCUCUAACACUUAAAAAUAACCAGCCUUUUAUAGAAAUUGUUUUCCCUUAAAUAACUUUGAUGAUGUUCAGUAAUCAGAUAGCCUCCUUUGGAAAGUAAGUCUGUUAUUUUACCAAAGCAAAAGAUACUUGGUUCAGUGUUGGACUCUAACAAUUAAAAAAAAAAUUGUUAGAAUUAUGUUAGCAUUCUUUCUGUAAAGAAUGCAAUAGGCAAACACCUUCCAGAAUAUGUCCCCAACUUGUUUUUUGUCCUCUAAAGAAUGUGAGAAGCAUGUGCAGUAUAAAGAAACUCUUCUACAAUCGUAAGUUGUGAACCCUAGCUGUGAUACAAAAUAAAACUCAGCAAUACAUUAUGAGGAUGACAGAAACUGCACAAAGCAGCAAUUGCAAAGAAAAGGCAUUUGGAGAUUUCAGUGGUAGCUAGCCUUGCAUCCUGUGGACAUACAGCUUAUUUACUGUAAGUUCAUAAAAUUUAGGAAAAGACUAAGUAUAGAAGGUAAUUACACUGCAUUUCUGUUUUAUUUCAAGUUUAUUUCAAAGUUUUCAAAUUUCUGAACAACAGGGUUUGGGGGUAAACACCCCGAUCUAGGUCUCUGCUUGCCAUCGCAGUUCAGUUCUAACAAGCUUUCCCACUAAUGGCUUCCAUUCUGGUAAACAGGUACGUGAAGGCAAUACACCCAUCACUUCCUGAACUCCGAAGUUUUCUUCUAAGUGAACACUUAUCAGGGCACUGUAUUAAAUGCCAGUGUAUUGUACAAAAAUACAUGGUCAUGACUUCCAGUCAAGAUGGAGGUAUAGGAAGACAAACUUCACUUCCUCCUGUAACCACAAGAGAAUUACAACUAAAUCUCAACACCCAGAACUGUGAGAAAAUCAAACUAUGGAAGUCUGACCACCAAGGAUUUAAAGGAGCCACAUUCAUCUAGACAGGUAGGAGGGGCUGAGAUACAGAGGGGAGGAGACACAGUGGGGUGGGUGCAGAGAGGUACUGGUGGUUGAACGGGCACGUGUGGCCCCAUAUUCAUGUGCGGUGGAUAAAAAUUGGGAGGAGUACCUUCGGAGCAAAGGGAUCCCAGCCCCAGGCCAGACCACACAGCCCAGGGUUCAAGUGGCUGGAAGCUAAAUCCCCCUAACUUCUGACUACAAAAUCCAGUGGGGGUUGGAGGUGGCAGAAUAAUCUGCCAGAUUUUUAGUAAACUCUGCUGAAAAGGGCCUGCGUAGGUAUAGAACAUCCGCGAUCUUGCCCACUCUGGGAUUCAGCACCAGGGUGACAGCUGGAAGGGAAUCAGGUGCAUAGGGAGAGUGGCUAGAAAUGUGCCAGGCAAACCUGCAGAAGCCAGGCAGGAGCACGGUCCUCUGGCUUCCCCCCACACAAGCCACAAGGCAGUGAAGUGGGUUGCCCUGCCCUGGUGGUUACCUAAGGUUCUGCCCCACAGAAUUAACUGGUGCCUUUUACAGGGAGUCAAAGCAGCUCUAUCUUAAUACACAGAAACAAACAUACAGUGGCUGCCAAAUUGAGACAAAGAAAUAGGGCCUCAGUGAAAGAACAAAACUGCAGUAAAAGGAUGAAACAAAAUGGAGCUAUAUCAGAUGCAGAGUUCAAAAACACUGGUGAUCAGAUGCUCAGAACUCAUUGAGCAUGGCAUGAACACACAGAAAUGAAGGUUAUACUAAGUGAAAUAAAAGUCUACAGGGAACCAACAGUGAAAGGGACUCAAAUCGAUGAUUUGCAACACAAAGAACCACAAUAAGAAGAAACAAUUUUUAAAAAAUGAGGAUUGUAUAAGAUGACUCUGAGACAUCUUCAAAAGUGCCAACAUCUGAAUUAUAGGGAUGCCAGAAGGAGAAGAGGAAGAGCAAGAAACUGAAAACUAACGUGAAAAAAUACUGAAAGAAAAUGUCUCUAAUUUGGUGGAAGAAAGACAAGUCCAAGAAACACUAGAAUCCCACACAAGUUGGACCCAAAGACCACCCCAAGACACAUCAUAAUUAAAAUGACAAAAGUUAAAGAUAAACAGAGGAUCUUGAAAGCAGCCAGAGAAAAGCAGAGAGUUACCUACAAAGGACUUCCCAUCAGACUGUCAGCUGAUUUCUCAAAUCUUACAGGCAAGAAGGGGCUGGAAAAAAGUAUUUGAAGUGAUGAAAAGCAAGGACCUACAACCUAGAUUACUUUAUCCAGCAAAACUAUCAUUUAGAAUGGAAGGACAGAUAAAGUGCUUUCAGACAAGGUCAAGUUAAAGGAGUUCAUCACCACAUGAAAUGUUAAAGGGAGUUAUUUAAGAAAAAAACCAAAACUAUGAACGUUAAAAAGGCAACAGAUUCACAACUAUUAACUAAAGCUACCCGCCCCCCCCCCCCAAGAAGAAAUAAGCAAACAACUAGCACAGGAACAGAAUCAUAGGUAUGGAGAUCAUAUGGAGGGUUGUCAUAUGAUAACUAAAUAUGGGAGGGGGAGGGAGGAGAAUGGAGGAAAAGGUACAGGGAUUAAGAAGCAUAAAUGGUAGGUACAAAAUA